UUUUCGAGCGGUGUAGCUAAAUUAUUUGCUCAUUUUUUUCUUAAAUCUAAGGCAACCAUCAUAGAGGAUGUUUCAAAAGUUUUGGAGAAUUUCUACUUACCUGUGUUUCUACAUUAUGUGACGUUCUGUCAAAUUCUGUGUGAUGACUCAUAGUUCCUGUAACAUCAUACCUUUGUACCUUAACAUUGUCUUUCCACCUAAAUUUCUGAGCAGUCGUGUUUAAUUUGGCUCAGCUUCAAUCUAAUGACUCUGAGUAAACACUCCCAAGCACUAUUUAAAGCACAGUCAUUCACGGAAUCACUAGUCAUUCAAAUGCCAUUGACUCGACCAUGUCAUAUUCAAUGUUAGGAAUUCUUGCCUUUAUUCUGGUCAUCGGCUCAAGGCCCUCUGCUGUCUCGUGUAUAUUUGUUGCUAAUGGUUGUCAAGAUUUACUGGAAAGUUUUGGAGAAGUUACUGCUAACUUCACCCGUUGCACUAUCAGAAAUGCUCGGCCAAUAACAGUAUGCUUAGCCUGUGUGGAUACCUUCAUUGAGGUUCUAACCAAAUAUCAACAAAUAUUAGCGCUACAUGGUGAGGAUGGCACGCCAUGCAAGUUACAGUUAAUAAACGUAGACAAGUUGGAAGUUGUGGAAGGUAGUUACAGAUUCGUCAUCAACCAGUGGAACAGAGCAGAUUGCAACAAUUGUUUCCAAAAUCAAAGUGGCAGUAUUACACCUGAGGCAAAUUAUUACACCAUAGGUAUAAGAGAAAAAUCGGAUCAAUUGGAAGCGUGCAUUAGUAACAAUGCAAAUGGAACGGAUCCUUCUAAUAAGACCUCUGGCAAUCCUAAGGUUUGCUUUAAUUGUGCCUCUGAUUAUAAAGCUUUGAAUGAUUAUUAUAUCGUCAACAAAUCUCUAGUCAAUGGAUUUUGUAUGGAUAUCACAGACAUGAUCAAUACGACGCGGUAUCGUUGGAGUCAAGAAUUUCGUUGCUGUUCUGAAAGAGAACAACCUGAAAGAAUUUUCCUAUUAGUAACAAUGACUUUUUGUAUCAUUCCUCUCAUUUUCUACCUCUUCGUUCGACUGUGCACCGUCAAGCAUCUGUUACCUAUUUCAACACCGAAACGAUGGGAACAUUACAUAUCAUCAAGUUCAAGCACUGCAAACUUGGUCCAGUCUUAAUAUACAACCUAUGUCAUAUUAAGACUCGGGCUCCUAAAUGUCUUUCAUUUCUUCCAAGAGUGUGUUAUCUGUGAUCUCAGCGCUUGUUAAUAUAUGAUGUAGAUUUGUAGUUAGAUUUAAACAAGAUUUUUACUUACUGUUAACUGUUCCAUUUAAUUUUUUCCUUUUUCUGUCCUCUGUAAUCCUCCUGCUUUUUAACACUUUAUUGCCAAAAGAGUUAAAUUGAUAUUUGCGAGUUAUGUAGGUGUUAUGUAUGAAUAUUCUUGUUAUUAUUUUAAACUUAAAAGUUUAUUAUAGUCACUAACAAUCUGAAUCUUUCAUUCUAAGUUUUUAUAUUUAUGCAGAGAUUUAGUUUCUAUCUGAGUAUUGCAGUUUUUUCCCCCAAGUUUGGCAUUUAACAUUGCAAGUAUUACCAUCGUCAUCAUCAUGAUAGGAUAUCAGGUUCAUCACUUAAAGUUAAUCUAUGACUUCUGACUUGCACUAUUUGUAUUCCAUUCCAUCUCUGGCUUCCAACAGUUAUUGAUUGCUGAUGUCCGAUUGUUCUUAAUUACAAAAAUUAAUACUUUUUUUUAAUGGCAAAUGAACUGAAGAAUGAAUUGACAGUAAUUUCCUUUUAUAUUUUAGUCGAAAUGCCAAGCUACAUCAUUUUUCUAAUUUUUGUAGUAUUUUCAUCAUUUUGAAAAAGACGUUCGGUCCAAUUUUUUAGAAGUAACACCAUACUGACAGUUACCUUUUGAAAAUUAAAAAGUAAACAGAUAUUUUGAAAUGA